GUUGUUUUAAUAAUGAAGAGCGUAAACCAAAACACUAGUAUAUUUUAUAGACAAAACUGUUACAAAUUAUUUGUUUAACAUUUCUUCCAUAACUUUAGUACAAUCUCACAAUGGAUUGGAUUAUUUCGGAUGAGUUGGGCCUUACGGUAGGCCACUUAGUUGGUUGGGGAGCUGCUGGAGCUAUGAUUAUUGGUGGUAUCGCUCCAUACAUUCCACAAUAUAAACAAAUUAAAAGGACUCAGGAUGCUGAAGGGUUCUCCCUUUAUGUGUGCCUAGCUCUCUUAAUAGCCAACACUCUAAGAAUAUUGUUUUGGUUUGGUAAACGUUAUGAGUUACCACUGUUAAUUCAAAGCAUUGUGAUGAACAUAACAAUGUUUAUAAUGAUACAUCUGUGUGUCACUGUUCGUAAAAAGAAUCAAAUUAUCAGAGCAAGGGAGAGGAUAUUUACAGGUGCAAUAUUCAUGUUAUAUAUACUGUUGUGUUGUGUGAAUGGAUCAGCUCAGCCGGACGAAACGGCGCGCUGGCUUGACCAGCGCAGUGACAUCAGCACCGGCAGUGAAAAGCCUCGACGGUUCUAUGAUAUGGAUCGAAAAUACUUUUGGGCCUGGACCGAUUUCCAGAGCUAUGUAGACUGCAUGCUGGUAUUCUCCGUCUUUGGGGCUGCUGUUACAUAUCUACUUAUAGAAUUCUCUCCAUUCGUUGAGCUUAUUGGCUUUCUGGCUGUUUUCACUGAAGCUAUGCUAGGAUCUCCACAGAUCGCUAAGAAUCUCCAGAAUAAAAGCACAGAGGGGAUGAGCUUGAGUAUGGUUGUAAUGUGGACAUGCGGCGACAUAUUCAAGACUGUAUAUUUUGUAGUAAGGGAAGCGCCUACACAAUUUUGGGUGUGUGGAGGACUUCAAGUCGCCUUAGAUAUUGUUAUACUCUUCCAAGUGUGGGUGUACCGGCACAACACGGCUGCGGCGCGGCGGACCCGGCGGGGCGACUAGCAGUGGACCGAGACCGACUUAUAGCCCC